UGCUUGUUUUAUUUAUAGAUAUCAAGUUGUUGAAGAAAGGGUUAAAGAAGCUAACCAUGAAAAUAUUUUCAGCUCUUCUUGUUUCAAGUUUGUCCUCUGUUGCUGUGGGACAGUUACUUCAACAGAUUCUAGAUAUAGUAGGACUACAGCAGCAGGACAAGAUUACAGGUAGAGGACUACAGCAGCAGGACAAGAUUACAGGAAAGUCAGAUUUCGGAAACAGGUACAGGCUAGUUGAUACAGUACAGUACACAGAACCAGGCCGACAGGCUGGUACAGUACAGUACAGAGAACCAGACCGGCAAGCUGGUGCAGUACAGUACAGAGAACCAGGCCGGCAAGCUGGUGCAGUGCAGUACACAGAACCAGGCCGGCAAGCUGGUGCAGUACAGUACACAGAACCUGGAGACCAGGAUACGCUAGGACUUUACAACCUAGACGAAAACAAUGAAGAAGAAUAUAAUCUGUAUGUACAGAAUCCAACAAACCCAGCUGAUUCUUUAUACGAGGCGGAAAAUUAUUUAAACAGUCAACAGCAACAGCAGCAACAAAAACAAUACAAACGACAGUUGAGACCUUACAGAACACAGCAGACAGUACGAUAUGAACAGACAAGAAAACAACAACAACAAUCUAAUCCAAUCAGUUUAUUUGAUAAUUACGGAACUGCUACCGGAAACUGUGUUUGCAGAUGUACUUGUUGUCCCUGCUGUCCCUGUGAGAAUCCAGAUUACGAAUAUGUUGAUACGAAAUAAUUACAAAUUUUUCAUUUGUUUAGCUCAUCAUCGUUUUAACCCUAUCUGGUCUUGGGGGAGGGGGGGGGGUCAAUUACCCCUCCCCCAUCGUUUUUUGCAAUAACUCAAAAAGUAUUUGAGCUAGGAAGCUCAAACUUAAAGGGACUGAAAGUAUUAUUUCAUGUGACCCUCCAA